AUGAUGCUAUCUUCGGAGAAGCUGUUGUUCUCUGACCGAGACAUAGCCAUUUGUAUCGCACAUGUCAUGUUGAUAAUACUAAGUGGCAUAUGGCUGAGACAACGAAACACCAUUUUUAUAUGCCAUCGACAACAAUCCCCCCAAACAAGUCAGGAUCCCUCGAUCUGUCGCGAAAUAAUCGCCGGAGUGAUUCAACGCGAGCAGAUAUCAAACGUGCUAUCUCCACAUAGGUCUAGAGCAAUCGCCAAUCGUCGGUUGGGGGUUGCGUUUGGAAUCAACAAUUCUUUCACCCAAACAUCGAGUGCCGGGGCUGCCCCGUUUGUCAUAACAGCCAGAAGUCUAAUCAAUCUCGCCUCAUCGGACUGGCUUGCCGUUUCUCAUUUUGCAAAGAUGAUCACAAAGCGCUGGUGUAGCAUAGGCUUGCCAAGCCUGGGCGAUGGUUUGCUUCGGCCCUGUCUCCAGGCACAGGACGGCUUUGCUUCCCGGAUAAACCUUGCAAGCAUGGUUCAAAUCCUUACAAUGAGAGUCGCACUCUUAGUCAUGUUCGAUAAACAUGAUCAGGACUCAAUAAGCGAUUUGAGAAUACUCAACCUCACACAGUCCAUAAACAGAGUUUGGAUUGCCUCCAAGGAUAAAGAAGACCACCAAUUACCCAAGUUCGAAGACGAUGCUCCAUUACAACAAGCGCUUUUUGGUGUUUUCGGAACACGAUAUGACCAAUCUAAAGACAACCCAAUGAACCUCAUUAUACCCUCCUUCGAAACGAUGUGGAGAGUGGUGUUAAGAGCGGUUCUAGAAUUUGGCUUUAUCAGAGGAAACGUCCACCCAGAUUGGAGAGAAGCUAUGGUUGCUUUUGCGAUGAAAACAACUAAGGAUGAAUUUGAGAGAACCUCUUCAUCUGCUCUAUGCAGCCCGGGAUUGAGUUCGCGGGAGACGAAUCAGCUCUCAGGUGAGGACAGCAGCACGAAUGUCAACAACUCACCAUCUGCAAAACACCUCGUCAUGGAAUGCCUUCGUUUAUGCCCCCUACCCGGAGGAUUUAUCGAGUGUACCAAUACUAUUCUCUCUGCGGAUAUUGAGGGCUGCCAUCUUCGCCGUGACAUAUGGGGCGAAGAUGCGAAUACCUUCAAUCCGGAUCGCUGGUUGAAUUUGACAUCGCUUCAGAAAGAAGCGUUUAUGCCAUUUGGGUCUGUACCCUUCGAAUGUCCAGCAAAGCCCACAUUUGGGCCCAGGAUGAUUGGACUACUGGCUGGUGCUGUGCUGGUAGCUUUUGACAAUCGGUCGUCAAGCACUUGCUGGAAGUUGGAAUGUGGGGAUGGAGAUGUACUGGAGCAUCUAAAGUCUAGAGAAAGGUUGAGUCUGGAAAGGACUGCUUAUGAGAACUUGUAUCUAGUCGCCAAGGAGAAAUGA